AUGGGCUUUACUGAUGAGCAGAGGACAGAGGACAUUCCUACAGAUAACCGCCCAGAUGACUGUACUAGGAACUUAGAGAAACAUCUGGUAUCUUCAGAUUUUGAAGUAGAUGAUCGUGGUAUCAUACAAGAUAUAUAUGUAGAGUAUGUCAAUAUCCAAGAUAUACCCACAUCCAAUCACAGCCACAAUACAUCAUUUGAAUCUUUUAAAUCGGUCCGAUCUUGUGAUUCAUCACAGACUGUAACACAGAAUAAAAGUCACAGAAGAGGUGCUAAACAUCAAACAGCUCACGUAAAAGAGAAGCCAGUUUCAUGUUCAGAAUGUGGAAAAUGUUUUAGAUUUAAAUCAGAAUUAGUGAGACAUCAGAGAAUUCACACAGGGGAGAAGCUGUAUUCAUGUUCAGAAUGUGGGAAAUGUUUUAAGUAUAAACAAGAUGUUGAGGUACAUAAGAGACUUCAUGCAGAGAAGCCAUUUUCAUGUUCAGAAUGUGGGAAAUGCUUUAACAAGAAUUCACAUCUUGUUGUACAUCAGAUAGUUCACACAGGAGAGAAGCCAUUUUCAUGCUCAGAAUGUAGUAAAUGUUUUAAGUAUAAACAAACUCUUGUUAUACAUCAGAGAAUUCACACAGGAGAGAAGGCAUUUUCAUGUUCAGAAUGUGGGAAAUGUUUUCAGGAUAAAUCGGCUCUUAAUAGACAUCAGAGAGUUCACACAGGGGAGAGGCCAUUUUCAUGUUCAGAAUGUGGGAAAUGUUUUAAGCAGAAAUCCGAACUUGUUAUACAUCAGAGAAUUCACACAGGGGAGAAGCCAUUUUCAUGCUCAGAAUGUGGGAAAUGUUUUAAGCAUAAAUCAACUCUUAUUAGACAUAAUAGAGUUCACACCGGGGAGAAUCCAUAUCCAUGUUCAGAAUGUGGCAAAUGUUUUAAGCAGAAAUCAACUCUUAUUAGACAUAAUAGAGUUCACACCGGGGAGAAUCCAUAUCCAUGUUCAGAAUGUGGCAAAUGUUUUAAGCAGAAAUCCGAACUUGUUAUACAUCAGAGAAUUCACACAGGGAAGAAGCCAUUUUCAUGUUCAGAAUGUGGGAAAUGUUUUCAGGCUAAAACAGCUCUUAUUAGACAUCAGAGAGUUCACACAGGAGAAAAGCCAUUUUCAUGUUCAGAAUGUGGGAAAUUUUUUAACCAGAAAUCAGUUCUUGUUAGACAUAAAAAAACUCACAGAGAGAAGCCAUCUCCAUGCUUAGCCCUUUAGUGACCUCCCUUAUGUGUUUUUAUGGUAGUCAGUGUCACUAACUGGCA